AUGGUACAUAAGCUUCGCAGUCGCGAUAUUUGUCACACUUCACCUCGGUCUAACCAAAUUCGGGCUGAUUUAUAUGGAGAAACACAAGGGACUGUCACACAUUCUACGCCUAAUCAUCACCAGCGUAAGCGGGAGGAUAUUAACAGCCCUAUUAAACGUAUACAAAAUUCGAUGCUGAAAAAUGUAAGCCAAGUGGAACACCUUCGGCCACUUAUGUUUAAUCAGAGGCGGGAAGAAAUGUUAAAUGUUGAAUCAUCUAUUACUGGUUUAAACGUAACGCAUUAUGAGUUAAAAUUGCGAAAAUUGGUUGAUGAAUGCAUAUUUUCGCAUACUUUUAAAAAACGGAGAGGGGUCUCUUUAUAUGCGAUCAAAAAGGCCAUAAGAGAGAAUCAUUCGUACAAUCCUAUUACUUUUUCAAAACCUGUGUCACAAUACAUUGCAUCUUCUAUUGCCACUGGAAAGCUGUGUCAAACUACCGGUCAUGGAGCGUCUGGAACGUUUCGGUUAAAUCGUACAGAACAUAAGAAAUAUGUGCGUCAAUUACAAAAUCUUAGAAAAGUUUCCUCGCAGUCACACGGGAUACAAAGACGGCCUAAGCAAAACAAACCAUACAACACAAUUAAUUAAACUGGUGAAAAAUACAAGCAUACUUACUUUGUUAAGAACAUUUAUGUAAUACAAAUAUUGCUUUGGUUGAAAUUAAUUAAGGUUAAG